AUGCUGGAGGUGUCGGGGCAUUGGAUUUCACCACACCCCAGUCCAGCCUUCUGGGCGGUCCUCAGCUUCCCCAGGACAGGGAGGUUUAAGGUGUACGGACGCCCAAGACAGUUCGACCACCACAGCCCAGUCCAGCCUUCUGGACUGUGCCUCGAGCUACUGCUCAGCGGAUCACCUCUCGGUAUGGAGGCUCUGCACGGCCUGCCGAAAAUACAGCAGUGCAAUAAAGCCCCUUCACCAGCCGGGCGCGCGCUGCGUGGUGAGCAUAUUAUCCAAGUGAACACACCAACUGAGACACUGCCAGAGAACGCGAGACAGCGUGACAGAAGGCGAGACAAAGCGACAGAAGGCCGUUUCUUCCCCAAACUACCCUACGCUAAGCCUUACUUGGAGGUUCCUAACCAGCACUACAACCACCACCACCGUCAGAACCCCCACCAGCGCUACCAUCAUCACCAUCACUUCCGACAACAGCCACUGCGGUCUCCACAUGAGUCGGAUCCGCCCAUGAAACGCAGAUCGAGCUCACACAACGUUGAGAGCGGAGGUUAUGUGUUUCGGGUGGGCGGCGAUGAGAGUGGCGAGCGGCGGGUUAUAGCGGUGAGGGGGAGUGAUGCUGUACCCGUGAGAAACGAUGAUGAAAACUUCCUGGACUCGCCGCAGGAGGACGCGACUCUAGGACCUCCUCCAGGACCCAGCUUUGAUCGUAACCUGCCGCGGAAUAUAACGAUACAGACGGGCAAGACGGCCGUCCUGUCCUGCAGAGUCUUCAACGUCAACGACAAGUCGGUGUCAUGGAUCAGACAGGACGACCUGCACAUCCUGACGGUGGACAAGUACAAGUACAGCACUGACCAGCGAGUCUCGGUGGUGUUCAACGAGCCUAACCUGGAGUGGGUGUUGAGGAUCAGGGGGGUGACUCCCUCGGACGCCGGGCGGUACGAGUGUCAGGUGUCGACCAAACCCGUCCUCAGCUUUGUUGUCAACAUGAGAGUCGUAGAGGCACCGCUCACCACCACGCCCCCGCCCACUACUACGUCCUCGCCCACCAACUUCGAGAGACUCAAUGACGAGCAAGUCACUCAGGAUUCAGGCGAGAUGGAAGCGAAAGUGCCUCGAGCAUGGGUACUGAACGCCCCCGAGAUCUUCGUGCAUCGCGGGUCGCCCAUCAACCUGACGUGUGUGGUGACCCAUGGCACGGAAAGGCCCGUCUUCAUCUACUGGUACCAUAACGAAAAGGUGAUAGACUAUGAUGGUCGAGGAGGAGUCACGGUCAAUACUCAGACAGGGCGAGACACCGUCAGUCACCUACUGGUGAAGGAGGCUGGGCCAGGUGACUCCGGCAAGUACACCUGCAGUCCCUCCAACGGUGAGAACGCCUCCAUUAACCUCCACGUCCUUAACGGCGAGUACCAGGCAUCAUGCAGACCAACAGAGGCGCAGGGCGGGGCAGCAGGUGUUGUACGGUGCUCAUGGUGCUGUCCCUGCUGCUCCACGCUGUCUUCACGCUCCUCCGCUCGUAACACAGCCCACACCCUUCAAAACUCACGCCCUCAACCUACGACCCCUCAACCCCCUGCCUCGCCUCAUGUUGGGGUCGAGGCUAUACGUACUGGAAGCUGAAAGGCCUCGACUUAGCUAGUAUUAAGUUUGAAGGUCUUCGUUCAUGGUUCGAAUACUGACGUGCUGACGUUGUGAGUUUCAGAGUUUCAAGACCUGAGGAAUAAUUUGUAGGUCUUGAAAACGCCACAGACACAUACACAGUCACUUUGGUUAACGCCAGCCUCUCCUCAAGACAGACAAAUCCGAAAGCUAUGACCAUUAUACCUGAGAGGAUGCACCGAAAGUCCAGUGAGAAAAGAAAAGAGUCAAGAUGAAAUCAAAGUUCACGUUUGAAGCUGAUGUCUGAACUCCCUUAAGUUAGAAACUUUCAAACUGAAAGGGGAUCAGAUCUCUGAAGUAAUAAUUGAAUUCAGGAACAUGAGAGUGCAGCUCUGGAAGACGAGGAGCAUCUCCAGGAGUCAAGGUGAAUGUCUUUAGGUUUUAAUCUUCACUAAAGUAAGAAAUCCUAAGCCAAGAAUAAUCCUAAACUGAACUGAUUUAAAAAAAUCCUGAAGAUCAGGUAAGUCCGCGACCUUUUUGUGCUAAAAACCUUAAGCUGCCGCCACGCACGCCAGGCCUCCAGGCAAUAAGCAAGCCUAGAGAGUCAUGCACGGAGCUUCCAGAGCCAAUCCAGUUUCAAAAGACAAGCCAAACAAACCAGAAGUCUACAAAGCCAGGGAAAGCAAUCCAGUGGAGUGAGCCGAGACUAAACCAGCACAAAGCGACACCAAAGGUCUUCUCUCCUGUGUGAGUUGCGAGCCACCGGGGAAACUGUCGCAUUGUUGACAGUCUCGCCUCGGGGGCCUUGAGAUUGAAACCCUGUGACCUAAUCAUCAUUUUUGAAAGAUAAGAGCUGUAAGGCGAAUUUUGUCACCUUCCCUGUAUCUUAACACAAAAACUGGCUAACACCAGAAGUUUCUGGAAAUGCGUAGAUGACUGAACAAUUGUUAAAGCAGACACGGAUGCCAACGUCAGGAGCAGGAUUAUAAAAUACAGUGUGUACUAAGUACUGACAAUAUGAAGAUAUACAGUGAUGUUCUCUAAUAUAUGUAUAUAUGGUAAAACAAGCAACCCAGUGAAGGACAUAACUAGACUCAAUAUCUGUGAACAACCGACUUGCACAAUUAAGUCGAAAAGACCGUGUUAAAGUGGCGAUCGAGCUGUGCAUGUGUGAAGAUGUUCUUUGUACCUGUGUCAAAACAAACAUUCACAACCAUGAUAGGUGUUACAGACUCAUGGCAGUGUAGAACAUGUCCCAGAUGAAAUAUAGCUUAGUGAUUUUUAUACCAGGUGACUCCCGCGUUCAGAGUCAGAUGUGAACACCUGCCGGAAGUUGACAUGAAAAUAAAAAUACUUGCAGUUUCUAGUGAACAUGUGUGGAAUAAAGGAAAACUUGUGUGAGUAUUGUGUUACCUCUGCCACUUGGUACUAGAAGGCAGUGCUGACCAAAAAAGGUGAAACAGUUUACGAUAAGGGUGAUAAUACUUGAGUGAGAGACAAUAACAAGAGAAGAGAGAUACAGGAACAUCUCUCUGGUUCGGUUCUGACUGAGUGUGUGUAAAUAAAAGCAUCGAUGCCAAAAUACAGUAAAAAAAAAUAUAGCCUGUAUAUGGUGGCUACCUUCAAGAUAUAAUACCUGUACCCCUAUACACAGGUAAGCCACAAUAUACAGGUGUCCUUUAUAUACAGGUGACCGCCAUAUAUAUAUAUAUAUAUAUAUAUAUAUAUAUAUAUAUAUAUAUAUAUAUAUAUAUAUAUAUAUAUAUAUAUAUAUAUAUAUAUAUAUAUAUAUAUAACAGUAAGA